UGUCGGAUUUGUGACCGGACUCUGCUUCGUUGUGCUUCUGGAAAAGUGUGUUCUAAUGUCCUUAGACUCGGCUAUUCUCAUUCUGUAUUACCGGCAUUAUUCUGAUCUUCACAAAUCUCAUCGGAAUUAAAUCUUAGAAGGCGCUCGCUCAUCAAUUCAAUUUACAUGUAGAGUGACUUCAGUUCUCUCUCUCUCUCCUUUAAAGUGGUGCUAUCACAGAUUGUAAUCAAGAAUAUUCUACAAGUGAAUCUAUCCUGUGUGGGAUGGAAGUUUUCCAGUGAAAAUGUUGCUGUAUUGCCCAUUUUGAAAAUCAGCUUUUCAUGAAUAUUACCAGUCUUUUACGAUGGAGCCAUGCUGAUUUUAUGGAGGAGAGUCGCCUUGCAGUAACAUCUCAGGAAAAUUAGUAAAGGAUGUAGACCUCUUGGAUGUACAUGUACCAGUUUAGUAGGAAUUUCAUAUUGUCAAAAUACACUGGAAGCGGUGCGAAUUCAGCCUCCGAAAUAACCUACAUGUGGAUGUAGUUUAUUUGUUGUUGCUCAUGUUUUGCUGGAAUUGCAUAUUGAAACUUGGAUAAUAACUCCAAUGUGUUGUAUAAUUUGUUGUGACAUUUAAACUGAAAUAGAGGAUGCUAUAAAAUGAAAAUGGAGUGGACACCAGAGAUUUGGGGACUUAUAAUCUACUGCUUGUCAUAUAGCCAAGUUCUCGCGACCAUCCCACGGUCUUGCAACACCCAGUUAGCGUACACCUCCCCCUUCGUCCAGGCCUUCACGUCGGACGAGGCAGCGAUAUUCGGCUGCUCCGCCCAGGUGGACGAAACCUCGCGGGAGGUUCACGUCAUCAACCUGAAGUCCAGCGAAGAGGAUCUUUUGCACACGAACCAUGUGAUGACCCUGAACAUCGGACCAAGAACGUUGCACAUGAGGACUACCAUAGUGGUUCUGAAUUCGGUGCAUCCCGUGACGUGGAAGUUAGUGACGCAGCAUGACGUUGGCCCUCUACUGUUUCAAUUUGUGGUGAGUUUGAUAGCAAAAGACAAUGACGAUCAAUGAAUAAAAAAAUCUCUACUUAUCACAUUUUAUCUUAUCUGUAAAUGCUUUUCUACACAUUAAUUUCUCUGAAGGAAUUCUAGCCCAUCUUUUAAUAACAAAGUUAUUUUUAAGUGAAGGCUCAUCAUUAUUAUACACAUUCUGUAUGGAUUAGAAUUUUACACAUAAGAGGCUUGCAUUGUUUAGGCCUUUUACAUUGAGAAGCAAAUUUGAAACCAGAGUAGCAAUAUUAAGUUGCAAGUUACAAAGAACCUUGGCGCAAGUAGGAUGCAGGUAGGCAUGUGUGUGUUGUUUAUGUGUAAUAAUACUUGCAUGUAUUUUUACAUAGACAGUUACAUAAAGACAAAGUUAAGAUAUUGAUUGAUAAAAAGUAAGACUACAUAUACUUGAUUAUUUGGGGUGGAGGCCAUCAGCACAGGGAGGAUGAUAUGCUUCUAAUUCAUGGCACCUACAUUGUAUGUGUACAUGUACACCCUUUAAUAGGCUAUAGGCCUAAAUGUACAGAAUUUUCCCAUUAAACUAUGCACAUUUAUCACACAUUCAAAUAUAACAACAAUUCAGCCAAGUGCUUUUACAUUCUAUCAUCAUAACCUUGCCGAGCCCACGGCACCAUGUAUACAUGUAUAUUGGGAGGUUUGGGGGCUGCAUUUGUUAUUCUUCCACACAUUUCCAACAAAGCCAGGCCGGCAAUACUAACCAUUCAUUCACUCCUUUCUCAUCCCCUCCAUUGCCUAUUUCUGCACAUGAAUGAGUUCUAUACAGGGGGGCCAUUUCAAUACCCCCUUUGUGACUCGAUUAAAUUAAUGGCUUCGAUAUGGGCUGCUCCGCUCAAUAGGCAAUCAGUGGCAGACAACAGCCUUCUGAUACCUCUGUGUUAAAGGGUCGU